UGAAGUCUGUACAGUUCUGUUUAUGUGCAUAGAGAUCAUACACAUGAGAAGAAGAGAGAGGCACCAGGCUUUAUAUAGUCCAGGCUUUAACAACUUGUUUUGCAUUUCUUAGCUGCUAUAUAUAUUUUGGUUGGUUCACCCUCUCUCUCUCUCUCUCACUCACAUAUCUCUCUCUCUCUCUCAUUCUCUCUCAAUCUCUCCAUCUCUCUUUGUGAUCAAUGGGUUCUGAAAAUGGAAGAAGAAGGUGUGGAAGAAAGAAGACAAAGUCAAAUGAGGGGAAGAUCCCACAAAGAGGGAUGGGAGUGGCUCAGCUAGAAUGGCAUAUGAAUCAUCAAGGAUCAGUUGGGGCGUCCAAGAAAGAAACAAACCCAAACACCAGCCACAAUCCCAACAUGGCUCACUCUUAUGCUCCACAAACACCGCCAUACUACCCUUCUUAUUUCACUGAUCAGGCUGCUGCUGCUGCUGCUGCAUCAAGAAGCCUUGGCUCUGGUACUUUGAACCAGCAGCAGGGUUUGGUUGUCCAGAGGCUUGGUCCAAAUGGUUUAAUUCUUGGACCUGGACAGACUUCUGGGUUUGGAUAUGUGUACCCGGAUCAGUUUCCAGUGCUGGAUCAGUAUGGAGUCGGACCUGCAAAUGCAUUUUAUCAACCCAAUACUCCAGGGACUGUGAAUGUGAGUCCUGAAAUGUCGAAAGACAUGGUCUCUUAUGUUCCAACCAUCCAAUGUUGCCCUGCUGGGGUUCUCCCUAAGAAGAAGCGUUACAAUGGCGAAAUCUCCGAGAGCAUUGAAGUUUCUGGAGAGAUGACUGGGAAAGAUAGCUAUGCAAGUUUCAAUGGAUCAUCUAUCAUCAGUGCUGGGAAUUACAUGACCAAUUACCCUGGGCAGAGUCAAGAUUUUGGCACCAAACUUUCGAUGAAUCACACUUUCCCUGGUCCUAAGAUCGAACCUCAGGAUGUUGGGACAAUUCAGGAUUGCAAGGCUAAUGGAAGAUCAAUGAGAGGUGGCAGAAAUACGUUGAUGGAAUACGAGUUUUUCCCCGAGAAAGAGAAAGGCUCUAUUUUCAAGGACUGGAUAAAACUGGGCUCAGAAUCUUCUUCAGUUGCAGCAGCAGGAGGAGGCUAUGGUGAAACUAAUUCUUGUCUCUCUACAACAAAUACCAGUGCUGGCAUUGCUGGUGCUUCUUCCAGUUCUAUUGACUUGUCACUAAAACUUUCCUACUGAUUAGCAAAAACAGGAAAUGACUUUAUGUUUUUUAAGUUUGUCUUUACAUAUCCUAUGUCUAGUGCAUGUGAUCCCAGGACCAAAAGACUGCAUUAUUAUACCCUCUUUUGUUGAAAUUAUUAUCAUAUGUGCACCAUCUGAAAUAGGGCAAUACAUUUCCUGAUAAUUUUGGCCUUCUUGUUUCUCU